UCCAGUAGCGUACGACGCGCCGCGCCGCGCGCACGGAUACAUCGUGACAUGAAAUUAUAACAAGUGAUGACAAAUGUUUAUAAAACUAUUGUGUGUACGUUAAGAUUGUGUGAAGUGUUGAUUUUUGUUUUCAUUUUGUGAAUUGAAGUUUUUGUGUCGUAAGGAUUUACUGUGGAUUUUUUUGAUGGUUAGACUUUUACACUCGACCAAGUGAUUAGUGAUUUAUUUUUUUAAUAAGUGAAAUUAUAUAAAAGUAAUUCAAACAAACGAAAGACAAACUGAUAAAAGUGAGUGAUGUCGUCGGAGAUAUGGCUAUGCGUCACAAUAUGAACAUGGACCAGAACUUCCUCCCCGCGGACCCCCCACCCGCUCCAGACGUGUACCAGCCCAAGACGGACCUAGCCAGCGAAUAUUUCAACACGUUCAACCAAAUAUGCGAGAACUACCGAACUGACUCCGAUGUCAACCUUCGGCAAACAUCGGAUACGCUUCGGCUGUCGUCUGAGAUCCUAGACGGAGCUCGGGACGAGUUCAUAAGCACAGAUUUCUUGGUGAAGAACAAGGAGUACCAGGCCGAAUAUGCGGAGAGAGUUUUUAUGAGUGGGAAAGAUGAGCAGAUCUUUCAGUUUGGACAGCCGGAUGCUUCAGCCCUACUCAGGCAUAGGGCGAGGCGAAGAUACAACGAGGAGCACGGUCUGCCGACGACGGUGACCAGCCAGGAGAGUGGGUAUGGCAGCGAUGAAUUCGGUCACGACUCGCCCAGCCGGUACGCGUCUCCGAAGGGGGCCGGCAACAGCGCUGGCUACCAGGAGCCGUACUACGGCGGCGAGUGGGCGGCGGGCUACUACCAACCGCCACCGCCGCCGCCCUACCACCAUGACCCCUACGCUACGUCACCUGGUAUAGCAGGCGCGCCGGCGGCGGACACGAGCUCGACGGGCGGCGCCGAGCUGCCGCUGCCGCCGAUGUCAUCGUUCAGGGCGGCUGCGCCCGUGCACUCGCCCAGCGAUCCCAUGAUCGUAGCGAAACCGCCCAUGCAGCCGAUGUACGCGGGCGCGGCCAGCACGCCGGGCGCGGGCGGCGAGGCGGGCAGCCUGUCGUCGUACGGCUCGUCCCCCUCCACGCCCGUGCACUCGCCCCCGCCGCUGCACGCUCGCCUCUACCCCCCGCUCAAGCACUCGCCGCACCACCCGCACCACGCGCACCACAACGGACAGCAAGCAAACUGGGUAGCGACGGGAGUUUCGUCACCGCCCACCGCCUCCACCCCGCACGCGCCGCUGCCCGGCUCCGUCAUACCGAACGGUCACCAGCACGUCGUGUUCCCACCGGUUAUGGGCGCGCCGGCCGAGCAGCGACAGCUCGACGAGGCGAUGGUCUUCCUCCGCGAGCACUCUGACGUGGGGCCCGGUGUAUUCCAGGGAGCCCGGAUGGAGGAGCGGCUCGACGACGCCAUCAACGUGCUGCGCAACCACGCGGAGGCGCCCGAGCUCUACCCGCAGGACGUGCACCAUCCCCACCAGCCGCCGCCCGUGAGUCGCGUGGGGGGUCCACUGCCGCACCUGCACGCAGAGCCGCCCGUCAAGAUGGAGAGACACCUGUUGCCCAACACCAAGAAACGCAAAGAGCCCCCGGACUCCGGCCUGGACUCGAAGCCGUCGUCGUCGGGCUCGGCCGACGCGCUGGGCAAGGCGGCCGGCAACAAGCGCUCGCGCCGCUAUUGCUCAUCAGCCGACGAAGGCGACGACGAGUUGGACCCCCAGGCGAAGGCGCUCAGAGAGAAAGAGAGGCGGCAAGCGAACAAUGCCAGGGAAAGGAUAAGAAUAAGGGAUAUAAACGAAGCGCUGAAGGAGCUCGGUAGGAUGUGUAUGACUCACCUCAAGAGCGAUAAACCUCAGACGAAACUGGGCAUAUUGAAUAUGGCGGUGGAGGUCAUCAUGACGCUGGAACAGCAAGUCAGAGAGCGCAACCUCAACCCGAAGGCGGCGUGCCUCAAGCGGCGCGAGGAGGAGAAGGCGGAGGACGCGCCCAAGCUGCUCGCCGCGCCGCUGCACCACUACCAGCCCAUGCCGGGCAUGGGGCAGGUGUCCGGGCAGCCCCCCUCGGGCGCCCCGCAGCAAUAGCGACUCCCGCGCGCCUGCGCGCUGCCCUAGACCGCACUACCGCCGCCGCGCAGCCCUAGCCGGCACUAGGGCGCCGGGCUCCGUGUGUCGCGCUCGAUGUUGACGAUGGUUUCGUUUCGGUUUGUAAAUAGCACCGGAUUUUUCGGUUACUCCCUGUCGACUAAUAUUCUAUUCUAUCCCUCGUUUCUGUUCUCAGUGUUUGAAUAUAUUUUUUAAAUCUGCCAAAUGUCAAAAUCGAUGCGAAUGGAAAGGCGAGCGACACACGGCCGCCUCGGAACGGCGUUCCUCUUAAGUAAUAGAAAAACCAGUGAUGGAACCCCUAGAGACGCUCACGGUCUGUAGUCGAAAUCGUUACUCGGGUCCACUCGCGUCUGUAUGUUUUUGUUUAAUGUUAUUUUUUUAUCUGUGGUGAAUAUCGACCGACGAUUUCCAAAGAGUGUAUCGGAAGCAGUGCGUAGUGAAACA